AUGGGUGACAACGCUGAGGACAAAGAACUGAAGCAGAAAUUGAACUUUUCCUCUUGUGAGGAAGAGCACGAGAAUGAAGAGCAGAAGGAAGCACCAGAGAGCGAGGAGGCCCAGAGCCGAACCCCAGAGAAGUCUGCAGUUCAGGAGUCAGGACUUGCUCAGGAGGCACAGCUUACGCCUCUCAGAACUCCCCUUAGUAACGUACGUGACCUCAACACAUUUCAGGAAAAAGACCAAACGAGUCCAGGUCAGGGUCUGAGAACGCCAGUGUCACACUCUCUCACACGUCCUGAAACCCCAGCCCCGCCAGACAAGGGCAAGCCGCCACGCUGCGAGGGCCCCUGCACUCCCAAAGGCCAGGUGAGCCAGCCGGGGAUCUCUUCAACAGGGAAGCUCCCCUCCCGAAGCUCUAAGCAUCUGAAGCUCACACCUGGUCCCUUCACCGAUGCGAUGACCUCACUGGCUCUGAUCAAUAUUAAUCCCUUCACUCCGGAGUCCUAUAGGAAACAAUUCCUUAAAUCCAACGGCAAGCGGAAAACCCGAGGCGACCUUGAGGAAGCUGGUCCAGGAGAAGGCAAGGUGGAACAAGGGCUGCCUGCCAAGAGAUGUGUUCUACGAGAAACCAACAUGGCUUCCCGCUAUGAAAAAGAAUUCUUGGAGGUGGAAAAAAUCGGGGUUGGGGAAUUUGGUACGGUCUACAAGUGCAUUAAGAGGCUGGAUGGAUGUGUUUAUGCAAUAAAACGCUCCACGAAACCUUUGGUAGGAUCAUCAGAUGAGAAUUUGGCUAUGCAUGAAGUUUAUGCUCAUGCGGUGCUUGGGCACCACCCCCAUGUGGUACGUUACUACUCUGCUUGGGCAGAAGAUGACCACAUGAUCAUCCAGAAUGAAUAUUGCAAUGGUGGGAGCUUGCAAGCUGCUAUAUCUGAAAAUGCAAAGUCUGGCAAUCAUUUCCAAGAGUGCAAACUCAAAGACAUCCUUCUACAGAUUUCCCUUGGGCUUAAGUACAUCCACAACUCUGGCAUGGCACACCUGGACAUCAAACCUAGUAACAUCUUCAUAUGUCAUAAGAUGCAAAGUGACUCUCCAGUAGUCCCAGAAGAGAUUGAAAAUGAAGCUGAUUGGUUUCUCUCUGCCAAUGUGAUGUAUAAAAUUGGUGACUUGGGUCAUGUGACAUCAAUAAGCAAGCCCAAAGUGGAAGAGGGAGAUAGUCGCUUCCUGGCUAAUGAGAUUUUGCAAGAGAAUUAUCAGCACCUUCCUAAAGCAGACAUAUUUGCCUUGGGAUUGACCAUUGCAGUGGCCGCGGGAGCAGAGUCAUUACCUACCAAUGGUGCGGCGUGGCAUCACAUCCGUGAGGGGAACCUUCCAGACGUUCCUCAGGAGCUCUCCAAAGGAUUUCACCAACUACUCAAGAACAUGAUCCACCCCGAUCCAGCAGAGAGACCUUCUGCAGCAGCUCUGGCCAAAAGUCGAGUUCUCUGUCCCUCUCUGGGGAAAACAGAAGAGCUUCAGCAGCAGUUGAACUUGGAAAAGUUCAAGACAGCCACACUGGAAAGAGAACUGAAAGAAGCCCAGCAGGCCCAGUCCCCCAAGGAAUGCCACAGUGUCCCUGGGGUCUCUGGGACCCCCACGGGAUCAAGAAGCACCAAACGCCUGGUGGGAGGAAAGAGUGCCAAGUCUUCAAGCUUCACCUGGGGACAGUCUUCCCCGUAA